AAAAUGUGAACUGGUGCUCACGAAACAUGUGAAUUUUGAAUCCGAGUUAGAUUUAUUAGAUUUAGUUACAGAAGAUAUCGCAUAAACCCAUCGAUAUCUAGUGAAAUCUGCGAUUACUGCUGAAUAGUUAAUUUUGCGGAUUUUAGUUCAAUGAAUUUUUAAAAAUCCGCCAAGAUGCGAUUGUGUCUGCUUGUGAUUGGAUUGAGUCAGCUGUGCGCCGGUCAUAUAGUUCUAACAUGGCCGCCAGCAAGAGAAUAUGAUUUGGACUUUCUAGAUAAUCAAAUAACUAAACCUCCCUGUGGAAUGCCUAAAGGAGACAGAAGAACAUCACUGUUAGCGGGGUCUGACGUAAAUAUAACGUGGCAUAUUGCAUACCCACAUAAGGGAGGUUUCCGUCUUGAACUCCUGGAUCCAUCUGAGAAGCCCCUACUAGAUCUAACCCCCCGAAGUAAUGAGUCCGAGUUUAUUGGUGGAGAUCCAACAGCAAUCAACUACAUGGUCAAUCUUCCAGACGAUUUGGAGUGCAUAGACUGCACAAUUAGAUUGGUUCGUGAGGCUGGAGAGUGGGGGAAGCGUUAUCAAUUCUAUUCUUGUUCUGAUGUUGAUAUAGUUUCGAAUAAAGAUUUCAGGAACACGUGUAGCGGACAUGGUAGAGCGUACUCAGGUCGGUGUCGGUGUGACCGGCUUUAUUACGGGGAUUACUGCCAGUAUCAAGACGAAUGCAUCAAGGAUGAAGACUGUGGCGGACAUGGAAGCUGUGUUGAUGUGCGGGCUACUAGCGCGCCGGCCAAACAAUGUUUCUGUCGUCUUGGAUUCUUUGGACCUGGCUGCAGUAUCCGGUCUCCGGUUUCAAACAAGAAGGACAUUAAUACCGGCCUCUACACAAAGAGGGAGUUUGGUGAGAAGAUGACCAUGUACUGGAGAAUUCUAAAGGAUGAUGGUGAAAUUGAAAUGAUUUUAAAGGUGAAUGGAACCAGCUGGGCAGGAGUAGGUUGGAGACCGAAGAAUAUUUCUCCAACUUGUAAAAACUUUCCUCUCAUUGGUCUUGAAGCUGAAGGACGCUCCCUGGAUUUUGAUGACUUUAAGUUAAACUCUCCUUCAAAAUCUGACGAGAAACCUAGUUCUGAAGCUGAACCAGAGUCGGAGCCUGAAUCUAAACCAGAACCAGAAUCUGAACCAGAGCCAGAAUCUGAACCAGAACCAGUGACAGAUUCAACUUCUGAGUCUUCUAUUGAUCCUAUCCUAGCAGAAUUAGAAAACAGCAGACAAGGAAGAAGAGUAGAGAAGAGCGUAAAUAUUGGAAUAUCCUACGUGAGAUCUAGUGUAUCCUACAGCAGGAAGAAACGUGCACCUCAGGAUCAGAAUGAAGAAGGUUCAGGGGAUGAGAGAGAAAGUAAAGCAUUUGCUAUUCCAAUCCUGGAUGAGGAUGAGAAAACAGAGAAUCUUGUUGAAAACGAUCAAGAAAAUGCUUUGAACACCGAGAAACCGGAACUAGGGACAGACGGAGAGCAGGAGAAACCGGAUACAUCAAGUCAACCUGAACCUGAACCUGAUCAGGAGGGAUCAGCUGAACCCGAACCCGAACCUGAGUCGGAACCAGAACCGGAACCCGAAUCUGAACCGGAACCGGAACCUGAGGCUGAACCGGAAGUUCUAAAUGGGAACCCCUGGACUCCGAAGGGAAAGCUGCAUAGUAUGGACUGUAUGGAUAUGGUGAUAGGAAUGGCUCGAGGAGAUACUUCCAGGGUUUGGGACUUUUAUACCAGGGAUAGAUCUACUCCACAGAGAGAUACCUACUGGGGAGGAGAGAGUGAUAUAACCGCUGCUCUAGCCUGGGAGGAAGAUGGAGAAACUACAAUAUUUUUUAGGAAGAAGCUUGAAGCGAACGGUCCAACCGAUCACACGAUCAUAGACGAGGAGAUGCUCGUCAUCUGGGCCGUGGGCCAGGAGACAGGGAUGUACAGCCACUCCCCCGCCUCCGGACUAGAGUCCGAGAAGGCCUCCAUACCUGACUACUAUCGUCCGGACGAGUUGAAGUACCAUGGGAAAGAGAACAGAGGAAAGACGAGUUUAAACUUUUUUGAUGAAAGUAAACGAGAUUUAAACGAAGUGGCUGAUCUCAACUAUUGUGGGAAUGAGUUUAAGUAUCCUUCAUCCUGCAGUGUUCAGGAUAAGACAUGUGAAUAUUUUGCCCGAUGGGAAUAUGACGAGAAUCUUGAUAAAAUCAACUUUACAAUAAUAUCCAAUAAUCCAAACAAAUGGACUGGAAUAGGGUUCUCUAACACACCCUUUAUGAGUCUGACAGAUGCUAUUCUUGGUUGGGUUGAACCAAAUGGAAGGUUCUUCUUGAUGGAUAUGUGGACGACGAACUACUUGAACCCUGUCCUGGAGAACCAGCAGGACAUUGAGAACGCUUCAGGCAAAACGGAGGACGGCUUCACCACACUAAAAUUUACCAGAGCCCGUGAAACAGGAGACAAACAAGAUGUCGCAUUCACAGACAACGAGGGCAUGUACAUGAUCUUCCCUGUACGCGGGGGUCGGUACAACGGGGUAAACAAGAGGAUAAAGAAGCACGAGAUCACCCCUGUUCCUUCGACAGAGAGGAUAUUCAUCAAAUCAUGUCGGACAGCUGAUGGUAAGCCGACCUAUGCCGUGACCCAGAAGCCUCCUGUGUUGACGUUCCCAGCUCAGAUGAAGUUUGUGGAACUUGGAAACUUCUACAAAUUACCUAAUGAAGGAACAAAGGAUUAUGUUGAACUUGAGACCAGGAUAUCCAGGAGCCUUAGUCAGACCAACCUCAAGAACGUUCCAGGUUUCCAGGGAGUUCAAGUCAUCAAAUUCCAUAGUGAUAACCAGGGCGAGUUCUACACUGACUUGGUGGUUGUACUGGACAAAAAUGAGUUUGAGAGCGUUGAAGAUAAGGAGGUUACCGUAGCCUCUGCUCUUGAGGAAACUGUGAGCGGAGGACGGCUUGGAUCUCUUAGAUUAGAUCCUCAAUCACUUACUAUGGGCGAGAUCAUAGUCUCUGAGACUGUGAACUCUGUGGAUUCAAGAACGGAGGAUGAACCUAAUAUCAAACUGUAUGUGGUGGUUGCUUGUAUUGCUGCUCUGGUUCUGGUUGCCCUGAUGCAGGCCUCUUGUACUAUAUACAGGAUGACAAGACGGGGCUCAUCAAUACAUACGGAGAAACUUCUGAGCCAGUCUCAAUGGAAGGAUUAUGUGAGCCAGCCACCUGUUCACUCUAACCACGCUUACGAUGCAUUUGAUCACGACGACCCCAAAGGCUGGGGCCCGGCGCGCCACACUUAUGACCGGCAAAUGCGCGCAAACACUCACAGUUUGCCGCGUGGUCAACAUGUCUCAGCCCCACCGCCUCCUGCCUAUCCCAUGGGAUAUUCCUCCUACGAUCGACGUUCCGGAAGUUUCGCCUCUCAGCCACGUGGUCCAGCUGAUUUCCCGCCAGAUCACUACUUCAUGCCAAGCCAGAGAAAAUAUACCGGCGAAGUGUUGAGGGUGUACGUAGACUACAAUAAAUGAAUGCCUAGUAACCACGUAGUGGAGAUUAGUGUUAGUGCCUAAGUAAGAAGUCAGCAAACGAAGAUGAUCUACAAGCAUGAACUAUCAUUGUUGUACAGCUGUUAAAUUAUUCAAAUGGGUGUCGCAGAAAACUUUUCGUUUAAAAACUUUGCAAUGCUCAUUCUUGUUCAAUCUUGUUACCUGACACUGAAGUGUGAUUUUUUGGACUUCUUUUCUGCAUGAAGUUGCAAGUGUACGGCUGAUUUUGGAAUAUUUUUCAAUUAUGUUGAUUAUUAUAACUGUACACUAUACAUGCAUGUAAUGUUGUAUAGGUAUUGAUCUGUACACUAUAGACUGUACUUUUGACUCCAGUACUGAAACAUUUAUGUACUCUAUUAUAAAAUACUUUAUUAGUUAUAUUAGUUAAAUAUACAUUAUGUGCCAAACUUA